UCGGGGCGGGCUAUGAAACCUAUUUGAUCUUGGAUACUGGACGUUUAUCGGAUUCCCCGGGCCAAUGAGACGAAGAAUUCCUGGCAAGCGGAUCGGCCUGUCUCGGACGACAUACGAAUAUGAAUUGGGGGAAAAAUCUAUCCCCCACCACCCUUCUCUUUCCCUUCUCUCCGUCUAUGGCCAUGAUCAAUCCUGGUGGUUAUGCCUGGGCCGUGGCCGCCGGUCUGAACGCCGCCCUGGCCGCCGUCUCUGCCAAGCUCUUCACUUUUCCGCUUUUUAAACAUAUGGCCCUGGUCUUAUUCUUCAACAUCACAAUGUGGGGAUGCUAUGUGAAUAGCCUUAAAGCCUCUCAUCUCUGCAAGCUACGUCACAAACUUCGCAACAAUUUUCUAUCAUCAGGUCUAGCAGGGUACUUUAUUUUUGAGGAGCCUCUACCUUCUCGGGUAACUAAUAUGGUUGCAGGUGCUAUUCUUAUCAUACUUGGUGUUUUCAUCCUCAGCCAAUCCAGCAUCGAAAGAAAGUCGAGUUCAGAUUAGACAAACUGGGUACCAUCAAGUUUCCUGUUUCAUCCCCUAGAAUCUCUCUUCAGUGAUGAAUAAGUUUCAUAUACAGCUUGAAAUUCAUCAGCUGAAAAGAACAGGAACAGCCCUUUUUUAAACUAAAUCUGGAACAAUGGAGGCAACACCAUUCCAAGCAUCAAUUGAGUAUGUAUAACUUGAAAUCGGGGAUGUAAUAGGUGCUAGUACCAUGUAUGUUGGCCUGCGAGGAGCAUGCAGUGCUUAGAUGGCAUCAGCUGUAGUCGCUUUUUUUUUUCCUUCAAUUUCUUUGGAAAGCAGACAAUGUAAAGCUUUAGUUAGACCAGAAUAAAACUAGUUUUUUGCUAGUUCCGAAUAUGCAAUGUCUGAAGAGAAUACUGCAUAUUUUUAAGGAGAUACGUCCCUUGCAUUGCUUUUCUAUAGA